AUGCAGAACGAACCAAAAACAUAUACGUUUGUUCGAACUAUAGAAAGAAUCAUUUCUCAAAUUUCAAAUUCAUUAAAAAAUCAAUUAAACGAUAUGUCAAAACCAAGAACAAAUGAACAAAAGGCAUUUGUUGAUGAAAUAUUCAAUUGUCAUCAGUUAUUAAUGAAAGCAUUGAUUAUUACUCGAUACUUAAAAUCUGAUAGACCAUACAUUGAUGAACUCAUUCGUGGAACAGCUAUUUUACAAUAUAACAUAUCAUGUCUUUGUGAAAUGACAAAUUUUAUGUCAAAAGACAUUGCCACUUUAUUACCAUGUAUUCGUGUUCUUCCUUACGAAGUAGAAGCUGCAUUAGAAGUUUUAUUAGAACAUCGAUUUAAUUCUUUACCAAGACAAAUCCAUAAUUUAAUAAACCUUAGGGAUUCAUUCAUGGAUCCAACUCCAAAUUUUACAAAAUUAACUAUUUACUUAAGAAAACUCUUUUAUUUAUAUGCAUUAAAAUAUCCAUUUGAUAGUGUUGAUAUUGUUCAUGGAAUGUUAGUAUGUAAAACAUCACAAUAUUCUGUUUUCCUUACAUUGAGAAAUCCUAGUAUUAUUUAUGAUGAACAUUCAGAUAAUAUUUCAUUUGCAGUUGUUUCAAUUUAUCCAACUGAACAAGAAGUUAAUUGGCAACGAAUGAAUACUACUAGAAUGAGGGAUUGUCCAUAUCUUCUCGACAACUUAAACAAAUGGAUUAAUGAAAAAUUAGAACCUCCUAAACCAAUUAUUUUAAAUGGAAUAGAAAUCAAACAAAAAGGUUCAGAAGAUGAACCAAUUCGUGAAUUUAAUAUUUUAAAAAGCUUUUUAGAUAAAUAUGUUGUUUUCCUUCAUAAACAUAUAUUAGAGUCUAAGAGCCAAUCAUCAAAGUUAGGUUAUCCUUAUUUGUUAUCUCAAAUAUCAAAAAGAGAACAUAAUUUCAUUAGUAGAACUGAAAUUUAUUAUUGGGGAAAAACUGCAUCUACAUUAGAUCAUUGUCCUCAAGGGUAUAAAUCACUUGAACGUCCAUGUUUAAUUUAUGAAUAUUUUCCUAAAGAAUAUAGAAUUCAAGUUACUCAUAAUCCUUCAUUACCAAUUCAAUUAGAUUCAAAACUAUCAUUAACAGAACAACUUAUAGUUGUUACAGAAUAUUUAACUCAACAAUAUAAAGAACAGUUACAAUUUGAAUCAACACCUUUAUACCCAAUACCAUCAUUUGUUCUCUCACCACUAACUGGUAGAGUAAAAUUAUAUAAUGUAGGAUUACCUCCAUCAUUAGUAGAAUAUUUUGAAACAUUAUUUAGUAUUGGAAUUAAUCAUCCUUCAGUUCUCAAAACUUCAAUGGCAGAAUUUAAUUUAAGAAUGAGAUAUGCAUCACUUCAUACUAUUGCACUAAUGCAUUCUCAAGUAUCUAGAUUAGAAGAACCACAAAUAGCUUAUAUUCAAAAAAGAAAAAAAGAAUCAUUAAUAAGAGGGUUUCCAUUAACAUAUCGUCUAAGUGACUUUACAAAAUUGUAUGUAACAAUUGAAAAUAAUAUUGUUAAAAUGGAAUUACAAGUAAAUGGGGAAUGUAUUGAUGAUGAAUAUUCAAAUACAUAUAUUUGGGAUUCAUUUGAUAAUCUUUAUGAAUAUUUCUUCACUUCAUUCGAAAUAUUAUUACAAAAAGCUUAUAACACUACCUUCCCUCAAAUAUUUUUACAUUAUUUCAAUACUAUUAACAAAGACAUUUCUUUUAAUAUUGUAUAUAGAAAUGAAACAUUAUACGUUUAUCAUUUACUUCUUCCUUUUGUUCAAAAAUUAUCUAUUUCAAUUGAUAAUGAUCUUCAAUUAACAAUUAAAAAUAUUCCAACAAAAAUAUAUAAUUUAGUUAAUGAUGAUGGAGAUUAUGUUAUAGUAACUCCAAAAACAUUUAUUGAUGAUGAUAUUAAUAUUCUUCUUUCAAAAUAUGCAACACUUUUUCAAGUUACUUUAUUUGCUUCAUUUAUUGGUCCAGAUGAAGUAACAUUUGAAAAUAAAGAAGUUCGAUUUACUGAAAAUAGUGUUAUUAUACCUAAUACACUUAGUGUAACAUUUACAUCUUCUAAUCCUGAAAUUGUUAUUAUGGAUUGUAAAGUAAUAACAGAUAAUGAAUCAGAACAAAGUUUAUUUGAAUCUAUGAAUUCACAUAGAAUUCAUUUUAUUUUUGAUUCACCUAAAUUAAGUAUUCAACAAUUUUUAAAAUUACGUUAUACCAUUCAACAUUUAUUGAUGAGUACACUUUCUGUUAUUGUUAAUCAUCCUAUGACUCUUAAAACAGAAUAUCAAUUGGAUAUUUAUAACUUUUUUGUAUUUACUUAUCAAUGUGAUAAUUCUUCUCAUCGUUAUCCUUCAUUCUAUAGAUUCAUACAUCAUUUUGAUAAUCAAUUACAAGUAUGUUGUAAACCUUUUAAGUGUGUUUUUGAACGAACAAUUGAACGUUCUCUUCCAAAACAAGAUGAAUAUUUUACGUCUAAAGAAUUACCAAACAAAUUAUCUUUAGUUCAUGCCAUUAGUCAUCUUUCUAUAUUAGCAUCAUUAUUAACUACUUCAUCAUCUUCUAUUGUUGAUCAAAAUAAUUGUUUUAAAUUAGAACAUUUUAUUGUUUCAAGUCCAUUAAGACUUGAUGGAUUUAGCCCAGUAAUUACUUUAAAACAAUCAGAAUCGGCAAGUGAAAAUUCAAGGAUAUUUGCAGAAUAUUUUAAUGAUAGAUUUACUGUUCCUUUCAAUUCAAAUUCAAUUUCUGCUGCGGCAUUGUACAUUAAUACUUUUAUUACCAUAUCAAGAUUUGAUUUUUCAAAUGAAAUUUCAAUAUUACCAAGAACCUAUUUAGAAAGCAAAAAACAAAUGAAUGGAUUUUAUUUUGACUUUUCAUUAAAACCAACUGGAGAAAAGUCAUUGAGCGUUGAAUUAAUAUUUACUAUGAUAAAUGGUAAUCGAUUUAAAAUAGGAAUGACUUACACAUCAAAUGGUUGGUAUAUCAUGCAAUGUGAACCAAUGAAGAAUGGUAUAACAACUGAUUUUAGAGGUCAUUUAAGAUUAUUGCUAAAUAAACAAGAUAAUUCUCAUGCUUCUGAUGGGUUAUUCAAAAUUAUUCAAGACUUUAAAGAUAAUAGAAACAACCUUUAA